UACUAAAGACACAUCGGAGUUAUUACUAGCUUCUCACUAGUAUUUUGUAAACAGAAAUGAAGAGUACAAUCCUGCUUUCAUUGCUAUUUGUCUUAGCUAUCGUCUCGUUAACUGUAGCUUCAGAGAUCGAGCUGUACGAAACAAAACGAUGGGAUGAAACCAGUUCGAGUUCAUCCAGCUAUGCUGCAGCAGGAGGAGAGUCCUCCGCAUCAGGUUCCUCCAGUGCUUCUUCAGUUGAAGGUUAUGGCUCCUCCACAUCAUCAUCAUCAUCUUCAUCAUCAUCUUCAUCUGCAUCAUCAUCAUCAUCUUCUUCUUCUUCUUCUCAAGGAUGGAGUUCCGUCGGAAAUUCUGUUAGUUGCUCCAACGUUUGUGUGAAGUACGGUGUUACACAAAGCCCAGUUUGGACCACUGUUGUUACUGAGUCUCCAUAUUGGACAUACUGUACAACAACUACAUGGACUUAUGUUCCAAAAACAUGUACAACCCAGUCGCAGGUGCCAUACUGGACCUAUUGUACAACUGUCUCUCCCACAAGCGUGCCUUCUCAAUGUACUUUCGCAACCACAACAUAUAGUCAAUAUUGUUGCCAGUAUGUUCAAGAAACUUCCUAUGUUCAAGAAACAGCGUACGCCGUAAGUACUUCAAGCUACUACAGUUCGUCGUCGGACGACUAUUACUAUCGCGCUGCACAAACACAGGGUUGGUCAUAUUAUUAUGGCGAGAGUAGUUGUGCAGAGUACUGCUGGACUCCUAUUCCUACAACGCAGACGUACAGUUGUUGGGAGACUAAAAAUGUUACUUGCGACGUUGCUUGUGAAAAAUAUAAAAAUGUUACCGAAACUUUCAGUUGCGGAACAUAUCAAUCGGAAACGGAACAAAAACCCUGCGAAAAAUAUCGGAAGGUACAGGUACCCACUUGGACUUACGAGCCGUGUCAGGUUUGUCUGAAGUACGAAGAACAGUGUUCGGGGUGGAACUCAGAGUAUCCCUCAGAAACUCCGUAUUAUUCCUCAGCCCAAAAUUAUUACAGCUCGGAUUCCACUAGUGGAUAUUACUAUUAAAAAGAAGUACAAGUUUAACGUGAGACGCAAAGUUCGUUUCAUCACAAACCCAAUAAAAAUUUUGAGGGUUAGUAAUGGUAGGACGGUGUGAUUGUAAUUAGCGAUUUCUUAAUGCCAA